AUGACAACAAUAAGUACACUAGGAUAUGAAAAUGUCUUCGAAAAAAGUGAAAUAAGAAUUCUCAUUAUAGUACUUCUUAUGAUUGCAAUUAUAUUAGUACCAAGCUAAGGUUCCAAAUUUAUAACUCUUCUCAGUAAAAAAAGUUAUUAUGCACGAAGAAACUACAAAGUCGUAGAGUCAGUUUAGCAUAUAGUAGUUACAGGAGUAGUUUCAGCAACUGCUGCAGAGAAUUUUUUCACAGAAUUAUUUCAUUAAGAUCAUGGUACUUAAGUAAAACAUGCUUUAUUAUUAAUUCCAAAUCCUCCUGAUAAUUAAUUAGAAAAUAUGUUAAACAAUCCUAAUAUUAUUUAUAUAGAAGGCCAUCCUUAAAAUGAUUAAGAUUUAAAAAGAUGUCAACUAGAAAAAGCCAAAGCAGUAGUUCUUUUAUGUAAUAAAUAAAGCUCAGAUCCACAUUGGGAAGAUUCUCAAACAAUUCUGUGGGCUAUGGUGAUGAAAAAAUAUUUAAAAACUAAUAUUAGAUUUUGUAUGUAAUUUUUAAGACAAUAAGGAAAAACCCAUUAUUAUUUAUCCCUUUAAGAUACUUAAACUGAUUAAGUUAUUUGUAUUGAAGAACUUAAAAUGAGUUUAUUAGCCAAAAGUUGUCUUUGUCCUGGACUCAUUGCAGUAAUUAAUAAUUUAAUAACUUCUUCAGGAUAACCAUUGAAAGAUUUAGAAUAUUAAUGGCUUGAUGAUUAUUGGAAAGGAUAAGGUUUUGAAAUUUACAAAGUGCCUUUAAGUAAAUAAUAUGAAAAUAGAUAUUUCACUUCUAUAGCUUUAAGUAUUUACAAAUAAUAUAGGGCGAUUAUGUUUGGAGUCGAAAUUGCAACUGAAGAAGGGAAUCUUAUAUUUCUUAAUCCUGGAAAUUAAAUUUUACCUAAAGGUUAUGAAAUGUUUGGGUAAUUUAUUUAUUUUUUUAGUAAAAUAGUAAAAAAAAAAAAAAAUUAAAAGAUAUAUGAUUGUCGAAGACAAGGAAACUGCAGAUAAAACUUAUUAAACCUAGAAAGUGAAGAAUCUCAAGAUGAAAAAGACGAUUUAACAAUAAAUUUUAGACAAGAACAUUUUAAAAAUAUAAUAUUUUAAGGCGAAUGGAAUAAAAACAGUGAAAAAUGUUAUGUAAAUAAAUCAAAAAUAAAUUUGAAAGAUGUGACUUUUUAAUCAUUAGAAAAUAAUAUAUUAGCAAUCGAUCAUAUAAUAAUUUGUGGUUUAAUUGAUAAUUUUUCAAAUUUUAUAACUCCACUAAGGGCUAAAUAUUUACAGAAAUACCCUACAAUAGUUAUAUUGAACGAAAUCGAGCCUAAAGAGAAAGCUUGGACAUAAAUAUCUUUUUUUUCCGAAAUAUAUUUUGUAAAAGGCUCUGCAUUAUCAGAAAAAGACCUUUACAGAGCUAAUAUAUUAAAAGCAGCAACAAUUGUGAUAUUAUCGAGUGAAUCUAUAUAAUCAGAAAGUAAUAGAAUUAACCUUUCAGAUGAAGAGCAAAAGAAAAAAAGCAUGGAGUUGACAAAAGAAUAAGAAGACAUGUUAGAUGCUAAAACAAUUUUUAAAUAUAAAGCAGUGCAACGUAUUCGUAAAGAUAUUUAAAUUGUAACCGAAUUUAUAAAUCCUUAAAAUCUGGCUUUUCUUUUAAGUGAACCUAAUGAUUAUGCUUUAAUGAAAGACAUGGAUUUUCUCAUGUAAAUUGAUAUGAUUACUCCUAUUUUUGCUUCAGGAGAAAUAUAUAUAUCUUCUAUGAUGGAUAGUUUGUCUUGUUAAGCAUUUUAUAACCCGGCUUUAAUUAAAGUAUUAAAUUUACUUCUAUUAGGUGAUAGUAAUAAUAAUUAUUUAGUUAAAAAAAAUGGUAAAAAAAAUAAUUUACAUGAGAUCUUCUAUACAAAAAAUAGUAAUUUAUUUCAUAUGAAAGUUCCUUAGGCUUUUAUUGGAAAAACUUUCGAAUCUUUAUUGCAAUAUUUAGUUAGAAAAUAAGAAAUUGUUAUUAUAGGAUUAUAUAGGCUACCAGGUUGUAAAGAUAAUAAAUUACCUUAUGUGCAUACUAAUCCAGAACCUGAAACUAUUUUGACAUCAAAAGAUUGUUGCUUUAUUUUAGCUUAAAAUGCUCCUGAUAAUAAUUGUAUUAUUUUUUUAAAAAGUUAAAAUUAUUUUUAAAAACUAAGAUAUGGAAUGGGGAGGACCUUUAGAAAAAUUUGA